GACUGAGGGAGAGGGAGGAGGCUCGCGCAGCAUUAGCGCCUCAGUGCUCGGCUUGUUAGCUUCUAGUUAGAAGAGAAGCGCGCGAGGCCGUUUUGAAGAAUGGCUCAGGACGUGUUUCGAUCCCACGGUUUCACUCGUUAACGUGCCUUUGUUUCUCAGCGGAAGACGGUUUGUUACGAAGUUUGUAAGAAGAACAAAGGAUCAUCCAGCAUCUCUUUGACUUUCAGUAUAACCUGACAAGACAUUUCUGGUAUUUGGAUAAAGCCAGUGAAAGAUCACCUUUUUCUAAUGACACACUAGCGGAGAAAGGGUUCACAAGCAGAUUACACAGAACUCCAGAAAUUUGUUGAAGAUCAAGCUGGCGAGAAUGGGCCGGAAGAAGAUCCAGAUUACCCGCAUCAUGGAUGAGCGAAACAGACAGGUGACCUUCACUAAAAGGAAGUUUGGCCUAAUGAAGAAGGCGUAUGAGCUGAGUGUGCUGUGCGACUGCGAGAUCGCACUCAUUAUCUUCAACAGCUCCAAUAAGCUCUUCCAGUAUGCCAGCACAGACAUGGACAAGGUUUUACUCAAGUACACAGAGUACAACGAGCCUCACGAGAGCCGGACUAACUCAGACAUUGUCGAGGCUCUUAACAAGAAGGAGCAGCGUGGCUCUGAGAGCCCAGAAGUGGACACAUGCUCUUAUGUUCUCACUCCACACACAGAGGAGAAAUACCAGAAAAUUAAUGAAGAGUUCGAUAACAUGAUGCGAAAUCAUAAAAUGCCGGCGGUUUUGUCUCAGCAGAGCUUCUCCAUGCCUCUGACACUGCCAGUCUCUGAGCACGGUGUCCACUCCUACAGCAGCAUGGGAGCUCUGAGUGAGGCCGGCAUGCUGUCUCCAUCCUCCAGCACGCUGCACAGAUCUCCAAACACACGGCUCUCAGCGGGUGUCCACACUUCCUCAGAUCACGCACCCAAUGGUGUGCACUCUGCUUCAGUAGUUAAUGGCUACAUUAGUGCUCAGGGAGAGAACAGCAUGGGCAGAGGACCGACAAUUAAAUCUGCAGCACCCCCUACAGGAAACCUUACAGGCAUAGGACAUAAGCCUGAGCUCCGAGUGCUCAUUCCACAGUCCUGUAAAUUAUCACCAUCUCUGCGGAUAAACAGCCCACCGUCCAGCCAAUCACUGAGCACACAGGUGGUGUCCAUGGCAACACCCAGUAUGCACUCGCAGGGCCUCCCAUACCCUGCUAUGACAUCAGCAUACAGCUCAGAUUAUGGCUUAAACAGCUCAGAACUCGGUAACCUACGUGGCUUCAGCAUGUCAGACAGCCUGACUUUGGCUUCAGGGUCACCAUGGCAACAUACUCAGUCAGCAGUUAUUUCUCAGGGAGUCUCUCGCUCCUUAUCCCAUGUCACUGAGCCGUCCUGCAGAUCUUCUCCAGUCAUGGAUAUAAAAGCUGAACCUGUCUCUCCCCCGAUGGCCUUCCUUUCUGCCCCUCCCUCCUCCUCUCUCCACUCUCCAGCUGAUAGCCUUGCCUCCUCCUGCAGCUCAUACGAUGGGAGUGAACGAGAGGAGCAGCGCAGAGAUGCCCAAUCUAAUGUGCCCACCCCCUGCCAGGGCAGUGGCCCACCAGAGGGCAUCAGGUGUCCAUCACUUAAACGGCUGCGCACAGAGAGCUGGGUGACCUAGCAUUCGGAUUAGGAUUUGGCUGUUUGAAGGAAAGUAAGCAGGGAGCAAAUCGUUUGGUCACUAUUUAUUGCAAAUAACAGUAUUGCCUUUGUCCCUUUUUAGUAUAUGUAGCAAAAACUAUAGGGACAUAGGACACAGGAAGGAAAGUGUCUUGAAGGAAAAAUCUUCUUACAGGGUUGUACAGGGAUGACUUGUGAUCAAGUCAUACCUUCUUAUCAGCAGAAAAUGAAAUUAGUGAAAAGCCUGUAGGUUGUUUUUUUCAAUCAGGGAAUGAAGUUUAGCUUUUAAUGAGAUUUGUAGUAUGAAAUCAAGCCAAAAGUGUUUGAUAUUUGUAAAUGUGUCUACAAUAUUCUUUAAGGGUCUUCAAACUGAAGCAUGAACAUGAGCCAACAAUUGCCUGCUUCAAAAUAUACUACAUAAUGCUCUGGGCCUAGAUUAUUUGCAAAGGGUGUUUUUGUUCUUUUUUUUUUCUCAUGCUAGCAUAUGCAAACAAACAUGAGCAUUAUUAAAAUUCAUUGUUCUUUAAACUUAAUAA